AUGAAAAAAAAGUCAUUAGCUCCAAGACCUCAUAGCACUGUUUUACGUGCUAAUUCUCUUAAGGUCAUCUCCAAACAAGAUAGAAGUAGCAUAUCCGAAAUACCGGUUAUUACUUCUCCGCAUUUCGACAUUAUUCCACAAUACGAAGUUGUUGAACACGAAAACCAAAUCGACAUAACAAAAUCCAUUGUAGAACAAACAGUUAAAAAGCAAUCACCUCAAGUCGAAAAAGAUGAAAAAUUUUUCAUGCCAUUCUUUGAAGUUGAUUUCCAAAAAUCAGUGUAUUCAUAUGAUUAA